AUUCUCCCACACUAACACCAAUUUUUCUCAUCAUGUCUCGAACUGAAUUUGGCAAUAUCCCCAACCCUUCCAACAUCAUUAACAAUGAAAGAAACAGAUUCACUGAUUUCAACAUCGACGAGUUAUUUACCUUUAUUGAAGGUAACACUUCAAAGGAUUCUACCGAAACUUUAAAAUUGAUGCAAGAACUAGAGAGAGAUUUAAUUUUGAAUAAUGAUCAACUAAACCAUUAUGACAAUCUAUCCAAAAACGACAUUAGAAAAACAACGUUCUUGAAAAUUAAACAACUAUCAAACUAUCUAGAGAACGACAUUGUCUUCUCGCAAAAGUCAAACCAGCAACUUUCGAAGGACGGUAGUGGUAAAGCAGCGUUUAAUCCCUAUAACAUCGAUCUCUCUAAUUUCAAUAAGAGAUUGCUAUUGAUUGGAGUCCAUGAUCCGCAACUCGGCACAAGAUUAGGUGUUCAUUUAGGCUUGUUUCUCAAUGCUAUUAAAGGAACUGGAACUCAGUCCCAGUUCAAUUACUGGGCUUUUGAAAGAGGUGCCCUUAGUGUCCGUAACAUCUAUGGCUGCUUUGCUAUGACCGAGUUAGCCCAUGGUUCUAACGUCGCAGGUGUUGAAACAACUGCAACUUACAACUCGUCUGAUCAAAGUUUCGUUGUCAACACUCCUCAUCUAGGAGCAACUAAAUGGUGGAUUGGUGGUGCUGCAUCGUCUGCCAAUCACUGUGUUGCUUACUGUAGAUUGAUUGUGGAUGGCAAAGACUACGGUGUUAAAACAUUUGUUGUUCCCCUAAGAGACUCAAAUCACAAUCUUUUUCCCGGUAUUGCAAUUGGCGAUAUUGGUGCCAAAAUGGGAAGAGAUGGUAUAGAUAAUGGUUGGAUCCAGUUUACCAACGUCAAGAUCCCAAAGAACUUUAUGUUGCAAAAAUAUUGUAAGAUUGUUGACAAAAAGGAUAAAUCGAUAGUCAUUGAUCCUCCUUUAGCUCAAUUAGCUUACAGUGCAUUAUUGGAUGGUAGAAUGAACAUGGUUAUUGAAUCGUUCAGACAUGGUGCUAGAUUUAUUAUUAUAGCCCUAAGAUAUGCUGUUGGUAGAAGACAGUUUGGCAAGUCUACGAAUCCAGAUUUAAACUACUCAAACGAGUUUGAAAAAAAGAAAUCUGCUUCCAACAACAUUGUUUUGGAGAAACAGUUGAUUGAUUAUCCUCACCACCAAUACAGAUUGAUCCCCUUGUUGGCCACCAUUUACGCCAUUUCAUGUGCCUCUGACAAGUUAAGGAUCAAUCAUACCAACGUCAAUAAUAAUUUGGACAAAUUAUCUCAGGACCCAGCUUUAAUGUCGGAUGAGAAAUUCUUGUUCACUUCCAUUAAUGAUUUAAAAGCAUUGUUUGUUCAAUCUGCCUCAUUGAAAUCAACAUGCACCUGGUUUACUGCCAACUUGAUAGACGAAUGCAGACAAGCAUGUGGUGGCCAUGGCUACUCAGCUUAUGCUGGGUUUGGAAAAGGUUAUAACGACUGGGUAGUUCAAUGCACUUGGGAAGGUGAUAACAAUAUAUUGGCUACAUCGGCUGGUAAAUCAAUUAUUAAGUUUGCUCAAAAGAUUUUAGCAAAGAAAUUUAAAGCUGUCCCAAAAGAUUUCGGCUAUUUGAUUGAUGCGUUCAACAGCAAAGACAGUAAUGACAAUAAUGAUGAUGACUUUGAUGUUAAUGAUUACAAUUCUCAUUUGAAGUUGAUUGGAUCGGUAAUCUUCAAUUUAGCUAAAAGUUGCAAUGAUAUCCUAUCAACCAACAACAAUAACUGGGAUAUCAUAACUACUGAAUGUGUCAAAUUAUCUAAAUUCAAUGCCUACUAUUAUCUCUUGAAUUCUUUUAUUGAAUAUUUUAACAAACCAAACACUGGAAAGUCAGUUAAAAAGGUUUUGCAAAGCUUGAUUUUAUUGUUAUCCAAUUACUUUAUCUAUGAAAAUUCGAAUUACUUUUUACAAUUUAAUAUCUUGGAUUCCGAAAAAAUCACCAGAUUAAAAUUAAACAUCAUGACAGUGCUUUUACCAUAUUUAAGACAAAGGGUGAUCGGUUUAACAGAUUCAUUCAAAUACUCAGAUUUCUUGGUUCAGUCAGUUUUGGGCAAUUAUAAUGGAGACAUUUACAAUAACUAUUUUGAUUUGGUGAAUAAAAUUAGCAACCACAAACUUGAGUAUAACAAAACCAGCUACGAUGGUGAGGUGCUACAAACAUUAAAAAGAGAAGAUGUCAGUGUUCGUGAGUUCAAUGAAAAGGAUGAAUUAGCAUUGAAAAAGCUAGGCGAGUAAGACUAGCCAAAAAUAAACCAAGCAACGAUUCUAUUACAAACAUAUUCUUUUUUAUAUUACAUAUUUAUAUAUAUUCUAUGCCAAUUUAGUUUUUAUGUCCGUUUAAAUGAAGUACGGUAAGAGAAACCUACUACAAUUGCUCCAACACUCUAAAAGAGGCAAUUUUCGACCGUACGAUUAUUUUGCCGAAUGACAGCUGAUUCUUGCAUGUGAUAUGCGCAUUGCUGCGGGGCAAUUUUAAAAACAAAGCCAAAUAUAAUCGGUCCGAGGACCAAUCAAAUUAAUUUUGAAAGAAAUAACAUCUGAGAAAUAUUCACAAAGCUGAAUCGUGAGCAAUAAGAUAUCGGAUACCAUAAUGAAGUGG